AUGUAUUGUAGAUUUGUUCAAAUCGGGCCGGAAUGCCGCUCAAACCACUUGAAAUACAGACGUUUGGGGCCAGGGAAGUGGCAACGAAUGCGUAUACAACGUUGGCUCGAGGAGUUUCGUGCCGCCAACACCCUCGAAGUUCAACCACAUGGUAGCCGUCCACCAACACUAUUGAAGGAGUCACUCGAAGCUGAUCUGCACAGAACCACGCGACAUAUUGACAAGGAGCUCAAGCUUUAA